AUGCUGUCCAAGCAGGCGGAGCUGGUGCCGAAGCUCCCCGUGAUCACUAUCGUCCCUGAUGCCAACCCGGUCCGCCCUAUAGCUAGACGCGGGCCUGCUGCUGCUGCUACUCGUCAACGCGAGUUGAACCCGACCUCGACGUGGAAUACCGGCUUCUGCGACUGCUGCUGCUCCGUGGCUCCGACCUACUGCUGCGUCGUCACCUGUUGCCCGUGCACUACCGUUGCGUCAGUGAAGGAAAGCUUAGGCGGUAGAUACGAGAGGACACUGGUGUACUACGGAGCGUUGGCGUUCGGCGUGCUGUUCUGCAUCGGGUACGCGGCUUCGACUAACUCCGAUGAACACUCGGAUAGCGAUAUGGCUUCAACGCCUCCUCCAGCGCACCACCACGGUGGUGUUAUUACCAGCUCGGAUCUGUGGGAAGCUGCGGCGCUCGCGUUUCUUAUGACGUUUUUGUUCGGCGUGUGGAGACUCCGCGUCCAGACUCGAUACGCCCUCGGUAUCCAAGGCUCGCACAUGGUUGAUUGUCUCUCCAGCUUCUGUUGCUGCUUCUGCGUGAUCUCGCAACUUCAUCUCGAACUCAAAAGUCACAACGAGGAGCCGGCAACGACUAGAACUCCACGAUACUGCCAUCACCAAGGCGACGGAGGCGUCAACGCUAGUCGUCAGAUGGAUACGUUGGCGCCGUAUGCAGUCAUGUAG